AUGUUCACAGAAGAUAUUACAGCAAUUGUUGUUGAUCCUGGUAGUUUAUCUAUUAGAGCAGGUUAUUCAGGUGAAGAUACUCCCAGACUCGUCAUGCCAUCUCAAGUUGGUGUGAGAGAGGAGAUUAAGGUUCCAGAUUAGAGUUAAUUAUUAAAGGAUGAAGAUGGUAAUAUAAUUAAUGCAGAAUAAAAUAAGAUGAUAGAAGAAAAUAAGUCUGAUGAUAAAUUCAAGAACUAUUAUGUAGGAGAAAGUAACUUAAAAAUCAGGAGAGAUAACAUGGAAGUUGUUUCAUCUUACAUGAAUGGUGAAGUUAAGGAUUGGGAUGCUUUCGAAAAGCUUCUCUUAGAUGUUUAUGAAAAUUAAAUCCGUGUUCAACCUUCAGAAUAUUGUUUACUAAUUAGUGAAUCUUCCCUACAUAAUUAAAGGUAGAGAGAAAAAAUUUGUUAAUUAGCUUUUGAAUCUCUCAAAGUUCCUAACUUUUUCAUUGUCAAAAGCGGUGUCCUUUCUUGUUUUUCUUCAGGACGUUCUACAGCUUUAGUUUUGGAUACAGGUGCUUACAGUACAUAUGCAGUACCUGUACAUGAUGGUUAUGUACUAUAAAAGAGUGUUCGUAAGUUUGAUAUUGGUGGUGAAUUCUUAACUGAAAAAAUUUUGAACAACUUGUAAAAGGAAUAAAAUACUCGUGUAUAUCCUAGAUACUGUUUGCAAUUUGCCAAAGAGGGCCCUAAAAAAAUUGAUAAGUACUUAGAAUUCCCAGAUACUCAUUCUUCAUAUGAAAAGUUUUGCCAAUUAGAAAUCGCUAGAGACAUCAAAGAAUAAAUUUGUAGAGUAGAUGAUAGAGGGUUGACAUUUGGGGAAAUGUAAUUAGAAAGAGCUGGAUAUGAACUCCCUGAUGGAAAUUUUGUAGAAUUUGAUACUGCCAGAUCUAAGUAUUCUGAAUUUUUCUUUGCACCUUAUGAGACUCUUUAACAACAAUAAGAAAACGAAAUAAGUUAAGAUUUAUUAGGAUUUAGAGGUAUGCAUCAUAUGGUUCUUGAAUCAAUCAAUUAUUGUGAUAUUGAUAUAAAGAGAUAACUUUUUAAUAAUAUUAUAUUAACUGGUGGUAAUUCAUUGCUUUCUGGAUUUAGUUCUAGAUUAUAGACUAAACUCAAUGAAAUAUCUCCUCCUAACUCCAAAAUAAAAAUGAUAGCAUAUCCUGCUACCACUGAAAGAAAAUUCUCAUCUUGGAUUGGUGGCUCUAUUCUUGCUUCCUUGGGUUCAUUCUAAUCUCUCUGGAUAGGAAAAUAAGAAUAUCAAGAUAAUGGAGAAUAUAUCGUUGAAAAGAAAUGUCCAUGA